CGGUAAAACCGAAACUAUAGAAGAUCAUGACCAUCAUAUCACGACUAUCAUACCGUCAGGCUACGAUAGUAAAACAAUAACUGCAUUCGUUACUAAAGUAGUCACAGUAACCGUUACAGUAUAUGUUCCAGGCUAUACAACUACUCUUACUGAGUACAAGAAUGGUGAAACAAUAUCCUAUGAAACUUACUAUCCACCAAGUACUAAGAUUAUCUUGGAAACUGUCACUUCUGUUGCACCCGCUGAUUUUGUGUUUGAUGAGAGUAAAGCAAGAAAAUUAGGUCAUUAUG